GAAACACCCGUUAACUCUCACCACUCUGCCUUAACUCUCUGCAGUUCACAAACUUCAGUGAAACAGAUGGUUUUCUUCUUUCUGGAACCUGUGAAAAUGUCGCUUUCCCAAGGAAGUGAAAGUUAAAGGCGACGCUUUGUCACAGACCCUCAGGAAUUCCAAUCGGAUCCCAUUUUCACCUCCGAGAAAACCAUGAGGAAGCUGCUGCCUCUUUGCUGCUGGCACUCCUGGCUGCUGUUAUUUUAUUGUGAUUUUCAGGUGCAUGGAGCCGAUGCCAGGUCACAAGCCCAUCCAGGGUUUGAGGUCUUGGCUUCUGCUUCCCAUUACUGGCCGUUGGAAAAUGUGGACGGGAUCCACGAACUUCAGGAGACAACUGGAGCAUUACGAACCCACAACCUCACUGUGCUUCCUUCCCAUAAUUCUACCUUUGUAUAUACCAAUGACUCUGCCUACUCAAAUUUCUCUGCAACCGUAGAUAUUGUAGAAGGAAAGGUCAACAAAGGCAUUUACCUCAAGGAGGAAAAAGGAGUCACAUUUCUCUAUUACGGAAGUUACAAAGCCUCCUGCAUCAGUAACCCAGCACAGUGUGGCCCUGAGGGGGUCACGUUCUCUUUUUUCUGGAAGACACAAGCAGAACAGCCCAGAACAACCCCAUAUGCAUACGGGGGACAGGUCAUUUCCAACGGAUUCAAAGUCUGCUCCAGCGGCGGCAAGGGCUCUGUGGAGCUAUACACACGUGACAACUCCAUGACAUGGGAGGCCACUUUCAGCCCCCCAGGCCCCUACUGGACUCACGUCCUGUUUACAUGGAAGUCCAAGGAGGGCCUGAAAGUCUACGUCAAUGGGACCCUGAGCACCUCAGACCCAAGUGGCAAAGUGUCUCACGCCUACGGGGAACCCAAUGUCAACCUCGUGAUAGGGUCUGAGCAGGACCCUCCCAAGCGCUAUGAGAACGGAGCUUUUGACGAGUUCAUCAUCUGGGAACGCGCCCUGACGCCGGACGAGAUCGCCAUGUACUUCACAGCUGCCAUUGGAAAGCAUGUUUUUUUGUCUUCCACGCCACCCAGCUUCCUCAUGACACCCACAGCGAACACCAUGGUGCCCACUGAUGCCUACCAUCCCAUCAUAACCAACUUGACAGAGGAGAGAAAAAACUUCCAGAGUCCUGGAACUGUUCUGAGUUACCUUCAAAAUAUGUCCGUCAGCUUACCCAAUAAAUCCCUCUCGGAGGAAACGGCAUUAAAUCUCACCAAGACUUUCUUAAACACUGUGGCAGAGGUUCUUUGUUUGCCCAGUUGGACUGCUGUGUCAGAGGACAGCGCCAUGGUGCUGGGCUUGAUAGACACCGUCGACACCGUCAUGGGCCACAUAUCUUCCAACCUGCAGGCCAGUGAACCCCAGGUGGCCAUCAUGGGCUCGUCAUUCAUGGCAGAAUUUUCUGUGGCCAAACUGCUCCCCAAGACCAUGAAUUUUUCCCACUACCGCUUCCCGGCCCGGGGGCAGAACUACAUCGAGAUCCCCCACGAGGCUUUCCACAACCAAGCCUGGACCACCAUCGUGGGCCUUCUCUACCACUCAAUGCACUAUUAUUUGAGCAACAUCCAGCCGGCUAACACCAAGAUUGCUGAGGCAGCAAAUUACAAAAACUGCUUGUUGUCUGUGACCAGCUAUCUGAUUUCCCUGGAGGUCUCCCCAACGCCCAAGCUCUCCCAGAAUCUCUCCGGCUCCCCUCUCAUCACAGUCCAUCUCUGGCACCAUUUGACUCAAAGGCAGUACAUUGAGGCCACCAAUCAGAGCAAUCGAAUCUUCCUGUACUGCGCCUUCCUGGACUUCAGCUCCGGAGGAGGCGUCUGGUCGAACCAGGGCUGUGCUCUCACUGAAGGGAACCUCAGCUACUCCGUCUGCCGCUGCACGCACCUCACCAACUUCGCCAUCCUGAUGCAGGUGGUCCCACUGGAGCUCACACGCGGACACCAGGUGGCGCUGUCGUCCAUCAGCUACAUCGGCUGCUCGCUGUCCGUGCUCUGCCUGGCCAUCACGCUGGUCACCUUCGCCGUGCUCUCCUCGGUCAGCACCAUCCGGAACCAGCGCUACCACAUCCACGCCAACCUGUCCUGCGCCGUCCUGGUGGCCCAGAUCCUGCUGCUUGUCAGCUUCCGCUUCGAGCCAGGCACGACCCCGUGCCAGGUGCUGGCCAUGCUCCUGCACUACUUCUUCCUGAGUGCCUUUGCAUGGAUGCUGGUGGAAGGGUUGCAUCUCUACAGCAUGGUGAUCAAGGUCUUUGGAUCGGAGGACAGCAAGCACCGCUACUACUAUGGGAUAGGAUGGGGUUUUCCUCUUCUGAUCUGUGUCAUUUCAAUAGCCUUUGCCAUGGACAGUUACGGAACAAGUAGGAAUUGCUGGCUGUCGCUCGGGAAUGGUGCCAUCUGGGCCUUCGUGGCCCCGGCCCUGCUCAUCAUUGUGGUCAACAUCGGAAUUCUCAUCGCAGUGACCAGAGUCAUUUCACAGAUCAGCGCCGACAACUACAAGAUACAUGGAGAUCCCAGCGCCUUCAAGUUGACUGCAAAAGCUGUGGCCGUGCUGCUGCCCAUCUUGGGAACCUCGUGGGUCUUUGGCGUGCUUGCUGUCAACAAACAGGCCAUGGUCUUCCAGUACAUGUUUGCCAUCCUCAACUCCUUACAGGGAUUUUUCAUCUUCCUCUUUCAUUGUCUCCUGAAUUCAGAGGUGAGAGCUGCUUUCAAGCAUAAAACCAAGGUCUGGUCCCUCACGAGCAGCUCGACCCGCCAGGCCAACGUGAAGCCCUUCAACUCGGACAUCAUGAAUGGGACUCGGCCUGGCACGGGCUCCACCAAGCUCACCCCUUGGGACAAGAGCAGCCACUCCGGGCACCGCGUGGACCUGUCUGCGGUGUGAGCAGAGAGGCCGUGGACCCGGCAGCCUGCGGCUCAGAACCCCCUCACCCACUGCAAACAAAAUGCAAGCAAUGCCCUGCCUUCACCACUGGGAUCCUCUCCCUGUUGCUGUCUGGACCUGGGGGUCAUGGCCCCAUGACAGCCGUCCUUGCCUGUGACCCACCCGUGUGACAGAGCCCACCGCUCAGCCUGCAACUUGAUACACAGCGACGUGCAGGCCCCCCUGGAGCACACAGCAGUCCCUCCUCUUCAUCACCCAAGUGCACAGAACACCAGACCCUCCACACUGUGCGCACACAGGACCCAGGGGCCGUGACACUGGGAGGGAAGUUUAGCCUCGGCGCUGUGAUGGGGACUUGGGACUAAAGAGGUGGGGUCCUGCAGGGGAGGAUGGGCAGAGGCAGCAUCAGGCACUGGGGAAGCACAUGAGGUUUUCCACCUGCCAACUCCACCCAGCAACAGGGUCCUUGAUGCCAAGCACUAGCCAAAGAGUGACUCUUUCUGCAGGGUGAUGCCGGCCUGGGACACCCUCAUGUCUUGUCGCCUGGCUGCGCUGGGCCUCCGCGGAUGCCCAGGGCAUUGGGCUGGAGGCGCCUGUUACCCAGACCCUGUCUGUGCGCGGGGGCCUCGCCAAGGUGAAGAGCCAAGUGGGAUCUUCUGCUCUGACAGCUUCUCAGCCCCUUCCUCAUGAGUGCUGGCUCUUCCGACUCAAAGGCAGCCUUAAAGUCACCCCCUUUCCUGGCACCUGAGCCUUCUCUGUGUUCGCGGUGGCCCAUCAGAGCCACCAUUUUCCAAGGCAUAAUGUCCCCAGAGACUUUCUUCCGCGUCACUUCUAAACGCUUUUCCGUGUUUCGAGCAAGCGGAUCACAGUGGAGGGUAUCGCAGUGCCAUGAUUUCACAUUGCCACAAAGGCAGACCUUGACAAACAGAGCCAUGUGGCAGGCUGCUCCGAGGUGGGGGUGUGGGUCUCAAGGACCCCCGUCCUGACUGACCCGGGGAGGGAAGGGGUGGCAAUAGCUGUGUCUUCUGAGUUGAUGUUAUUGUACAGACCUGGACUCAGCCCCCUAGGGAAUGGAAUGAUGGUGAGGAUUCCAUGUGUGGGGAGACCCUGUGAAACGCUAGGGUUUGCGGGCCUAGACGUGAACCCAAACGCCAAGGAAAUAUUAGCAAACAGGCUAUGAAAGGUCGCACUGUGAUGAUAGCACCAAGAGUGCUUGUGAAAUGUGUGGGUAAGAAAUUCCAACCCGUUUUUGAUACUGGAAAAUCUUCCUUGAAAACUGUGACAGCGAUAGCAUUAAAGUCCUUCCCUGCCCCGCCCCGCUUCCCCCCACCUCUCCCAACACGUCUGCUUUGUUUUCGAGUGAGUUUUUCACGUCCUUUUGCCGACCUUUUCCAUCUUCCUCUGGCACCUUCAUAAAGGAACUCACGCCCUGAUGACAUGUGUUAACAAACAUCUUCAGGCAUCUCCCGCCGUGGGGGGGACACAGAGUGGCAUGUCGAGGUAGGGUAACCUCUACCCUUCCAUCCGGAUGGGUCCCAGAUGCACCAGCCAACUCUGCACAUUGUGCCAAUGCCACGUGGUGUCCCCAUGGGUGUGCCGUGGGGGUGGGGGGGGGGGACUGGCUGAUGCAGGAGGGACCUCCUGUCUGGUGAAAAGUGUGUGCACCCCCUGCUCCAGGCUCUGCUCGUGAUUCCAGAAACCAGGUCACUUGUAACCUGGUGUUAGAUCCUUGUCAUGCCCAAGAGCACCUAGAAGUGAGAACACUGUAUUCCUAAGAUUUACACUUGGAUUUUUUUUUUCUUAUUUAGUUCCUGGUGAAGCAAAUCAAGUAAGGAACUGUCAUUAUUUUGGAUGGAAUUCUCUCUUCUUUUUUAACUCUCUGCAUAUUCACCCUACAUAGCUAAUAUAUCAGAAGUAAUGAACAAACAUUAUUUCUAAAGAAUGAGAGUAGUGCACUUUAUUUAUAGGCUAUAUAUUUUGGCUUCUGCAGUACUUUAUUAUCUACACAUAAUUUGGCCAAAGAUAAGCAAUGGGAGAGAAUCGUGUGUUUAAAGUAGUUUAUAGCACAGGAAAGACGAUGAAUGCCACUACGUAGUGAAAAUAUGUUGUGAUUUUUAUGAAAUAAAAUCUUAAUGUCCUU